UGGAUCUUCAAUGUCUUCUGUUAAUAAGGAAUCAGAAGCUGUUAUGGUGCUCAAUGACUCUUUGCUCUUGGAUGUGGCUCAAACAAGUUUGGAAGCGGAAUCAGGACUUCUGUUUUUGGAGGAUGUUGAACAAAGGAAUGUUUGGGUAAAGCAAUACAAUGAAUGGUGUAAGGUGAUGUCAUUAAUGAAUAAGGCUUUGGCUUUUUGUGAUAUAAACUAUGUGUAUUUAGCAAAGCAGGUUAUUUUGAAAAGAGCUUAUGUUAUUAGAGUUGCUGAUGAAGAUAGUUGGGAGGUUGUUUCAAAAAUAGCAAUCAUGGAUGGGUCUGAUCUAAUGACUAAGUUGUUAGAGAGCUUCAAGAGUAGUGAGGUAAUUUGUUUUGUUUGUGAAGAAAAGAGGCACUAUGCGAAUGAGUAUAGUUCUAAAAGACAUAUUGGCCUGCUCUUUCAAGGAGGAAACACUCAACCCAAAAUGAGAGAUGGUGGAAUAUUAGAAAAGGGUAAUAUAGCCAUCUUGUCUAGUAGUGAAAUGGUUAGAAAAAAAGAUUCUUUUGUUUUUGAGAAAUCUUAUAUAGCUGGUAAAUCAACUGGCUCCAAAGCCUUAUCAUUUUACAAAAAAAGAAGAACUAUAGCCUUUGUCCCUGGGCAAAA